AUGAUGGCAUUUCCAAACCCUCUUCUUCUUCUUCUGUUGCUGUUGAUGCCACACAUUUGGGGAAAGUGCAUCUUUGAUGAAGUGCAAAGUUCAAUCCGGGUUCUGUCUCCUCCAAGCUCUUUUAACUGGACCUUCAAAGAAGAUGAUGCAAAGCGUGAGGUGUCUCCUAAAAGACAAGAAGAUUGGCUGACACAUGUUCAGAUCCAGGACCAUCAGAACGCCAUAUCACAAGAUUUUCCACAUGAAAGAUCUAAAAGGAUGAUCAGGGAUGGGACUGAAGUAAUCAAAAAAUUACAACCAAUUAGGAUUAAGACAUGGACUCCUAGAGAGAGUGCUGUUCUCCCACAGUGGGAAAAAGAGAGACUGGAUGCAGCUGUUAGUGAUGCGAUCAGCACAGUGUCCAAACUACUUGCAGUAUGGAGGGUUAGCAGCACGCUGCUGCUGCACAGAGAUAUCAAUAAGUAUUGCCGCUUCAUCUGGAGGAACAGGAGCGCUGCCAACUUCAACAAGUGUGGCAGAGCCAGUGAUAACUACCGGACUGAGAGCUGUUUGGGUGUGACUAUCCCAGAUGAGCACCUGAGAGGCUGUGCUGUUUACCCUCAUCCUGACCAGCCAGACUUGAAGGUGAUAAAACAAGAUGGCACAGGACUUCCCGACACAGAUGUCCUACUUUAUGUGACAGCUCAAAGCACUGAUAAAUGCAGAGCUGAUUCUAGUGUGCUGGCCUAUUCAGCUCAUUGUCAGAGUGACUCAGAGGGACGGCCAUUGGCUGGUGUUAUGGUCAUCUGCAGAGAGCCACUCAGCAGUGAAGGAUUCAGUCAUGAACAUAUGGUGCAGACUGUCAUCCAUGAGAUGUUGCAUGUGCUGGGUUUCAGUAAAGAACUUUUCAGCAAGUGGACAGAUCGUUCUCUCGCCUCCCAGAGGGGCAUGGACUCUAAUGGUCAGAUGGUUUACAGUGAUGAGUUUGGACAGAUGAGGCUCUACAGUCCCAAUGUGAAUAAGGCUCUACAAAAACACCUUAACACUUCACACACUGACUUGGGAGCUCCACUAGAAAAUCAGGAUGCUGAUUUUCGUGGUUUCUCAUCACACUGGGAGGCUAGAGUUCUGCAGGGUUCCAUUAUGACAGCCAUGUUACCAGAACCGCCUCUGGUCCAGAUCGAUGCAGUCACCCUCUCUGCUCUCCAGGACACAGGGUGGUAUGCAGUCAACCAAAGCCAUGGCCAGAAUUUACUCUGGGGAGAGAAUGAAGGUGCUUUCUUUGGGUCUGUUUCCACCUGUAUCAGGGCGUCAUCCUUCUUCUGUACUGGCAGUGGAUUUGGCUGCCAUUACCUUCACCUCCACAAGGGGGUGUGCCAGAGUGAUCAGUAUCUGGAGGGCUGUCGAAUUUACAAACCUUUAACCAAUGGUAGUGAAUGUUGGAAAGAAGAGAAUGAGACAGGUAGUGGACCAGAGGUGUGGAGCGGAGAAAUCUUUCACUUAGAUAGCCGCUGUUUUCUGUCAAAUAUUAUUAAAGAGGAUCAUUCCUCCUUAAACGCUUCUCUGUCAGGCCGCUGUUACAGACACAGGUGCACUGGAAGGAACAGAUAUCAGAUUCAAGUGAGGGGUUCUGAUUGGCUGAACUGCCCACCUGGGAGGAGCAUCAAGGUAUUUGGAUAUCAUGGUGCAGUGUUUUGCCCUGACAAACGACUAUGUCAUUACCAGGAUAUAGCUCCACCCACUUCACUGCACAAGCCCCUCCCCUCACUUCUGCCUUUCAUGACAUCCCUAUCCAGGGAUCAAUUUCUGACAGAAAAGCCCACAACUGGCCUCAGGUUUGACUUUGACCCUUCCUUCUUAAAGACGAGUGUAAUGACAACAAUGGGUGUCAUUGCUGUGCUAUUUUUCUUGGGCUCUUUCAUGAUAAUCUACAGGAAGUGCUACCCAUCCAGGCACCGAGUGCAUGCCCUCUUACCUUAUACAAUUCAUGUGUAG